CUUUAUUGAUUUACUGAUAACGAUUAACAAUGAAAAGUAUAGUAGAUAACCCAAAUUGACGGGUUUAUUGUGCAGCAUUACUUUUAUAAUAAGCCUAUCUUUAAUCUGUUGAAUUGUGUGUUGCAAAUCAAUUUCAACACCUUCACCUAACUAUAUAACCACAUGGAUCUGUCCCUUUUCUGUAACUUUACAAUUAUUAAUUGACCAACCAAAACCAAAUGAAUACAAUCAAAUCAAGAACAGAGGAACAUAUUCACAAUGUUCUUUCUAACCGAUCUGAAUUAAGACAUAUUGAUCCUCUUCAUGCUCAAAAUGAUGUGGAAUUAUUAGCUCAGAUUGGUUAUAAACAAGAACUCGAUAGACACUAUUCUAUUCUUCAAGUAUUUGGAAUAGCCUUUAGUAUUAUGGGUUUACUUCCUUCAAUUUCUUCAACAAUUGCUACAGGGUUAGAAGGUGGUCCAGCCUCUUUAGUUUGGGGUUGGAUGCUUUCAAGUAUAUUUAUAUUUUGUACUGGUACUUCUAUUACAAUCUUAGGUUCUUCAAUGCCAACUUCAGGUGGAUUAUAUUAUUAUACUAAUUAUUAUGCACCUGAUAUAAUUAGAGUCCCAUUAAGUUUCCUUAUUGGAUGUUCCAAUACUUUGGGACUUAUGGGAGGAAUAUGUUCUAUUUGUUAUGGAUUUUCAGUAGAAGUUCUUUCAGCUGUAUCUAUCAGUACUGAUGAAACUUUUGAAAUUACAAAUGCUAAAUUAUAUGGAGUUUUCGCUGCUUGUGUAGUUUCAAAUGUUAUAGUAUGUUGUCUUACUACUAAACAUACUGCAUCUUUACAAACUGUAUCCAUUGUAUGGAACUCAUUUAUAAGUCUUCUCUUUCUUAUUGCUGUACCUAUUGGAGUAAGUAGAUCUCAUUCCUUUAAUAAUGGAGCUUAUAUAUUUGGAAAGAUUGAAAACUUUAGAACUUGGAGUCCUGGUUGGUCAUUUAUGCUUUCUUGGAUGCCAGCUAUAUGGACAAUUGGUGGCUAUGAUUCUGUUAUACAUUGUUCAGAAGAAGCAAAACAGGCUCAAAAGGCUAUUCCUUAUGGAAUUUUAGGUUCAAUUGGGGCAUGCUGGAUCAUUGGUUGGGCUAUCUGUAUAGUUUGUGCAGCUUCAAUUAAAGAUGGUAAUACUCUUGCAACUUUAGAAACUGCUACUGGAUCACCAAUGGCACAAAUUAUAUAUGAUAGCUUAGGCAAAGAUUGGGCAGUGGCAUUUAUGGCAAUGAUUGCUGUUGGUCAAUAUAUGAUGGCAUGUUCUAUUAUGAUAGCUGCUUCAAGACAAAUAUGGGCUUUUGCUAGAGAUGAUGGAUUACCAAUUGUAUACAAUUUUAUUAAAUAUGUUAAUCCAAUUAUUAAAGUACCUAUUAGAGCCACCAUGUUUGCUGGUUGUGCAUCUUUAAUUCUAGGAUUAUUAGUCCUUGUUGGACCUGCGGGUGCUAAUGCACUUUUCUCAUUAGGAGUUGCUUCAAAUUUAUUAGCAUUUGGAAUGCCAGUUUUCUUAGUGGUCUUACCUUAUGGAAGAAAGAAGUUUAUACCAGGAUUAUUCUACUUAGGUGAUCUAGGUUCUUAUAUGGUUCAUAUUGUCACAAGUUGUUGGGUUGGUUAUGUUAUAGUCAUGUCGAUGUUCCCUGACAACAAAGGUGUUGAUGCAUCAACUAUGAAUUAUACUGUUGCAGUUAAUUUGAGUGUUUGGAUAUUAUGUCUUAUUUACUUCUUUGUAUAUGGUUAUAAGUUCUAUUCUGGACCUAAGUCUAAUCUUGAUAGAGAAAUUCCCGAGAGUAUUAAUGGUCAAGAACCUGAAAUGACUUUUGAUCAAGUCAUGGAUUACGACAAAGAGAAAGUUUAG